CCAGCGCCGGGGACAGCGAGAGGCGGACGAAGCCCCGCGCGGCGCUCCGGUCGCCUCAACAUCUUAUCCAUCCACCCAGCUCUCCUCCGACUUCGCCAAGCCCCGCAGCCAGAUAAAAAGUACGGCCUCCCCUCCGGCGCGCGAACGCGACACGGCGCAGUGUCUCCUCGCCCUCCGGUGGUCCUCGUGCGCGCGCACCGACACGUCCCGGCGAACCGCUCCGUUGUCCGUUCCGGUAGUUUCGGUACGCGCGCCGCUCGCCUUGGCGCCAUGGCGUCGGCUGCCGCUUCGGCGGCGGCGGCGCUGGCGCGGCACGUCCUCCUCCCCCCGCGCUACCACGCGUCGCCGCCCUCCGCCGCUCGCCGGGCCCGCGCCGCGCCCGCGCUCACCUCGGCGUCGCCCCGCUGCGUCCUCCGUCGCGUGGGUAGGACGCCCCGGUACGGGACGACCGGGAAGAAGAGGACUAGGCGCUUCGGGGCUCCGCGCGCGGGGAUGGACAUGGACCUGGCCAGCGGCGCCGUCGAGGUGAUCAACGACCUGGGCUUCGACACGCUCACCUUCCUCGGCGUCACGGUCCUCGUCGUCCCCGCCUUCCGCGUCGUCAAGGCCAGCCCAGUGAAAUUCUCGGCUUCUUCUGCGCCGGCGUCGUGCUCAACCAGUUCGGCCUCAUCAGGAACCUCACCGACGUUAAGCUGCUCUCCGAGUGGGGAAUCCUUUUCCUGCUGUUUGAGAUGGGGCUGGAGCUCUCCCUCUCUCGCCUCAAGGCUCUUGCGAGGUACGCCUUUGGGAUGGGCUUGCCUCAGGUUCUUUUGUCAACCCUUGCUUUCACGGCGUUCGAGCUUCCUCCUAAUGAUGCCAUAGGAACAAAGAUAUUGCAGUUUCUCUUUGAUUCAAGACCUGAUCUUGUGAACAUCAGGAGUAUCGAUGAAGCAAUAGUAAUUGGAGCUGCCCUCUCACUAUCUUCAUCUGCUUUUGUUCUCCAGCUUCUUGCCGAGAAAGGUGAACUUCCAACAAGAUUUGGUUCAGCUACACUGGGAAUUCUUCUCCUGCAGGACAUUGCAGUUGUCCCCCUGUUGGUCAUACUCCCUGUGCUGGAGAGUCAGAAUAUUAUAGAGCAAAGUGUGUGGCCAAUUUUACUAGCUGAGAGCUUAAAGGCACUGGGCGGGCUUGGCUUACUUUCCCUUGGUGGGAAAUACUUCAUAAGACGUGUCUUUGAGUUUGUUGCAGAGUCAAGGAGUUCAGAGGCAUUUGUUGCGCUCUGUCUUCUUACAGUCGCAGGGACAUCACUUAUCACCCAGAAGCUGGGAUUUAGUGAUACAUUGGGUGCAUUUCUGGCUGGAGCCAUUCUUGCAGAAACAAAUUUCCGGACACAAAUUGAAGCUGACAUAAGGCCAUUCAGGGGCUUGUUGCUUGGGCUGUUCUUUGUGACUACAGGGACUUCCAUUGACAUGCAGCUUCUCAUCCGGGAGUGGCCUAAUGUUCUGUCACUGUUGGGGGGUCUUAUUGUAAUCAAGACACUGAUAAUCACCGCAAUUGGGCCUAGAGUCGGGUUAACUCUUAAAGAAAGUGUAAGGAUAGGGCUGCUACUUUCUCAAGGAGGCGAGUUUGGAUUUGUGGUGUUUUCUUUGGCAAACAGGCUCGGUGUCCUACCACUUGAGUUGAAUAAACUGCUUAUAAUUGUUGUUGUGCUGUCGAUGGCAUUAACUCCCUUACUCAAUGAAGUUGGAAGAAGAGUAGCAGGGAUGAUUGAUGAAAGAUCUGAAGAAAAAGAAAAGCCUGCUGAGAUGGUGAAUUAUGGUGCCACUGAACCUGUUGUAAUUCUUGGUUUUGGAGAGAUGGGACAGGUGCUUGCUAAAUUUUUAUCUGCACCAUUGUCAUUUGGAAUUGAGAAAGACACAGAAGGAUGGCCAUAUGUUGCAUUCGAUCUGAAUCCUGUUGUUGUAAAGUCAGCUAGAAAAUCAGGAUUUCCUGUGCUAUUCGGAGAUGGUUCACGCCCUGCAGUUCUGCAAUCUGCUGGCAUAACGUUUCCAAAAGCUAUCAUGGUUAUGUAUACUGGAAAGGAAAAAACAAUUGAGUCUGUAAGCAGAUUGCGUCAAGCUUUCACUGCGGUUCCGAUAUACGCUAGAGCUCAAGACCUCUCACAUUUGUUAGAUCUUAAGAAAGCAGGCGCAACAGACGUUGUCCUGGAAAAUGCCGAGACCAGCUUGCAGCUAGGUUCAAUACUUUUGAAAGGACUGGGCGUCAUGUCUGAUGAUGUAUCCUUCUUGAGUAAGCUUGUGAGGGACUCAAUGGAGCUACAAGCUCAGGAAGCACUGAAAGACAUUGGGGACCAAGAAGUUGAUAUUAUGAAGCCUCUUCAGGUAAGAGUGUCAGAUUUAGUGGAGAGCAAUGGUAAUAGUUCAAGAAUGGUAGCCCCAGAGCAGUCGUUAAGUCUAAGUAGCCGCCCAGACAUAAAGGCAAUAAAACCACCAGUGGCGAAUGGGAUACCUGAUAUGAAGGUGGAAAAUGACAAGACAGGAUACGAUUUUGACAGGGUGGAUUCUGAAAAUGGUGUGACAUACUGUCUAUUGGAAUCUGAUGACCAAAGCGAUGAAGCCUCCAGUACAAGCAAGGAAAUGAUCGAUCAGUCUGCUGAUACAAGGGUUAAUGUCAAUGAUAAGAAGAUACUCUAGCUCUACUUGUAGGAUCAAGUUCAUUGGUGAUUGGCUGAUCGCUGGGCUGAUCAGAACUGCCGCAUUUCUUGCAGCUCCUAUAGGUUUCUUGAAGCACUUCUAAAGACUGCAAUACUGCAUUUAAGUUCCUGGUACAUGGAGUCCUACAGAAUAGCAACCAUAAACACUUGUGUCAUGUGGAGAUAUUGCGGAACCGACCAGCCGUGCAGCAAAUCUAAAGGCUGAAAAUACUGAGCUUGAGUUGUGCAGGUGUACAGCAGAUCUAAAGCCAUGCAGCAACCAUAAACAGUUGAAGAUUUUCAGCUGGCAAAUUUGCCAACGCAGCUGAGUGCAUGCAUGGCUUUGGCAGGAUCCGGUUGUAACUAGCAACAUUUCAGAAUUUAGAAUAUCAUUUUUUCACAGCUCAGAUUAUAUUUGACUGAAGCCACAACAUAAUAAAGGGACUUCCAUUGAUAGAUACAUUCUUGUACAAUAUCUGUAUCUGAUUCCUAGUGUGUACUAGAUGGUACAUACCUGAGCAGUUUAUUAUGUAUCAUCAUCAUCCAAUAAAGUGCUGAACUAAAUUUUGGGUAUUGAUCAA